AUGAAGAAUCGAACUAAAGAGAAAAUCUGGCAGAAUGACACUGAUAAUUUUGCUCUUGAAGAGUUCCUAGGGUAUAAUAAUGAGAGGGUGGGUUUGAUUAAUGAAAAUCUCGGAUCUAAGGCAUUCAUAUGGUGGUUUGUGGUUUCAUGUUAUUUUCCCAUUAUAACGGCGUGUAUGGGACCCAUAGCUAAUACCAUUUCGGUUGCAUGUCUCGUGGAGAAAUGGAGAUAUUACGGUCCAGACUUAGACCGCAUCGACUAUGGACCUCCCGCCGUUUUUGUGGUGAACAUUUUAUCCUUAAUUGUUGGAUUCUUAUCAAACUUUGUUCUAGUUCUACACUUUAUCGGUCGAUUAAGCUAUAAGAAAUCACAGAUUAUAAACAUAUUUGGAUGGUCGAUAGCUGCUACGAUGCUUUUGGUGGAUGUGUGUGUUUUUGCAGCAAGGGACACCGGAAAUGGUAGACAUAAGACCAUUGGAUUUUGGUAUGCCGUUGCGACAACUGUUCUGUAUUACGGCUGCACUUUCACCUUAUUAGUUCAUUUCAUUGGGUUUUGUUUGGGUAAGUAUCCACCAAAAUUCAAUUUAAUGAAGAAUGAAAGAACUUUAAUGCUUUUCACUUUAUUUUUUUCGAUCUUGUUAAUUUGGGGUGGAGGAAUGUUUUCCAGAAUUUUACAUGUUACAUUUGGAUCUGCACUUUAUUUCUCUACUGUAUCCGUCUUAACCGUGGGUCUUGGUGAUAUUACCCCCAACGAUGUGGCUACCAAGAUUCUUAUCAUGGUUUUUUCAUUCCUUGGUGUCGUUACUUUGGGUCUCAUCUUAGCCAUGACAAGAAGCAUCAUACAAGAAUCUGCAGGUAGCACUUUUUUUGUCCAUUGGGUGGAAGUUUCGAGGUUAGCGACUUUGGAUAAUAUACGGAAACACGAUACAAAAUUGACUAGAAGAGAAGCUUACGAUGUUAUGAUGAAUAUACGUCGCAGAGCCAAACGUCGACAGUCGUUUUUUUCUAUAAUUGCAACGAUGUUGGUAUAUGUGGCAUUUUGGAAUCUAGGAGCCCUUGUGUUUAAAUUUGCUGAGAAUUGGUCUUAUUUUAAUGCAAUGUAUUUUUGUUUCCUGUGUUUAAUCACAAUUGGAUAUGGUGAUUUUGCCCCCAAGACAGGUGCAGGUAGAGCAUUUUUCGUAUGUUGGUCAUUGGCAGCAGUUCCUCUAAUGAGUGCUAUCUUAUCAACUGUGGGUGAGUCUUUAUUCGAUCUUGCUAAAUCCGCUGAUUUAACAAUUUCUAAAAAGCUUAAUCUUUUUCGUGGAUUUAGCCCAUUUGUCUCUCUAGAGAAUAGAGCUCUGAAUAAAAUUUUUACUACAUCUGAUGCUUCCAGAAACAAUCGAGGUGAUAAUGAAUACUAUAACGUUGGCAAUAAUGACGAUUCACAAGAUGAUGAUGAUGAUGAUAACGAUGAUUCGCAAGAAGGUGAUGAUUUUGAUGAUACUGACGUGUUUGAUAGAGGUACGCUAAUGUCCAAAUUAGAAGAUUCGCCAUCUGAUAGCGGUUGGGAAAGUUUUCAUGUGUCUGAACGGACAUCUCAUCCAUCACUGUAUUCUUUCCGCUCGAAAUUGGAGAAACUGCCGAUGUUAACACAAGCCAUGAGAAAAUUCCGUAGCAUUUCAAGAAAGAAUAAGGAUUACAAUUUAAACUACAAACAAUGGAAUAAACUUUUACAACUCUAUGCUACUCCGGAGAAUGUAAAAAGAGUGACUGAUUCGCGAUUCUGGCUCAGUGAUGAUAGUCCUCUUAGAUUCCCCUUGAACGAACCUAAUUUUGCCGUUGCCAAAAUUUUUGCCAAAAUGGAAUCGUUUUUGGAAGAAUUGCUUCAUAAUUCAUUGGAAAGUCCUCCAGAUUACAGCAUACCCAACGUAUCGAAUUUAUCGCCUAUUCCUAGAGAUUCAAAAAGUCUCCGUUCAAGAAGAAGGGCUUCAUCAAUAUAG